AUGUCAUAUCUCUUGCAACGUACUCCAUCUGGCCGAUUUGCUCCAAAUCAAGAGGAGCACUAUCCUGAAUUUUUGCCUUCUAGUCGAUCUUCUUCAGUGCAAGUUGAAGAUUCUACUACUGAAUCUAUGCCAGAUGCUCCUCCAUCUUAUCAAGAGGCUGUGGCGGAAACACCUACAGACUCAUUUACGACAGCAACUUCAGUUACAGAAAAAGUUGUUGUCACUUCUGAUG